AUGUCAGGUGGGAGGGUGUUCCAGAGGUGGGGGGCAGAUCUGCUGAAGGCUCUGGACCCCAUGGAGUUCACAGAUGUAUGGAGGGGCGAGGUUGUGGAGGGCCUUGAAGGUGAGGAGCAGAAUCUUGAAGUGGAUGCGGGUUUUGACCGGGAGCCAGUGAAGCUGCUGAAGGACAGGGGACGUGGCGGGUCCGAUGAGUUCUCCACCGCAGAGCGAGGCCCCGUGAGCCGGACCGCAGGUACCGACAGGUACCGACGGGUACCGACAGGGACGACGAGGCCCGCAGGUAACGCAGGCUGGUCCCAGUCAGGUGUGGGUGGUGACAUCAGCAGAGAACGUUAUUGGAUACCCAGAGGACACGCCCCCUACCCCCCAUCCCCCCCCUCAGGACAGGUAGAUUUCUUCAGAGGAGGGAGGAAGCAUCGGCGAUACAUCUUGGCGCUGAACCAGAGAGAGGCGAGGAGGGUUAGCUCCGCCCCUCACCAUGACAGACUUGGAGGCCGCGUGUUUGAGUCUCGGCCUGCCCCCGAGUGCGGCUCCCCUCCCCCCCCUCUGGACUCCUCCCUGCAGGCGGACUGCAGCUCGCUGGCGGCGGAGAUUGCCGAGCCGCUGGUGAUGCUGCCGUGUGUGAAGAGCGAGCCGGAGGACGGGGACCUGGAGCCCGUCAGGACUGUGGACCUGUCCGAGAUCCAGCCGCUGUCCACCGCCGAGCUGGGCCAGGACCAGAUCAAGAUGGAGAUCAGCGGCCUCGACUACAUCAAAUCAGAGCAUCACCACGGAGACCACCACCUGGACCACUUCCACCACGGCGACGCCACAGAGCUGGACUACAAGUCGCACUACGAGCCAAGCUCCGUGUUCGACUACAUCACCCAGGUGACGGACACUCUGGAGUACAUAAAGUCGGACCACCAUGUGGACCUGCAGUGUUACUACACCACCGAGCUGAGCGCUCUGAAGUGUGAAUACCCAGAAUCCAACACCAUGUCGUCCCACCUGCAGCCCAACAGCCUGGAGUCCAUCCACAUGGCCGAGCUCCGCACCGAGCUCAACAAGCUGCGGCCCGACGCCCUGCUGAUGGACGGCAUGGGCAAACUGGACCCUGAGUUCGGAGGGGGGGCGCUGUACGAGGCGGCGCCGGGCGAGGAGGGGAAGGCGGAGUCGGCGGGAGGAGGAGGUUCUGGUCCAGGGAGCAAAACCCAGAGCCCGACAGCGAGGAAGCCCCGCAACAUGCAGGGGGAGAAACCCUUCUCCUGCACGCAGUGCGGCAAGAGCUUCAGCACGCUGGGGAACCUGAAGACGCACCAGCGCAUCCACACCGGGGAGCGGCCCUACAGCUGCUCGCAGUGCGGCAAGAGCUUCGGCCAGGCCGGGAACCUGAAGCGCCACCAGCUGAUCCACACGGGCCAGAAGCCCUACGUCUGCGCCCACUGCCCCAAAGGCUUCACCAAGGCCGACGACCUGCGCUCGCACCAGCGGCUGCACACCGGCGAGCGGCCCUUCAUCUGCCUCACCUGCGGCAAGAGCUUCGGCCAAUCCAAGGAGCUGAAGGCUCACCAGCUGAGCCACACCGGGGAGAGGCCCUUCUGCUGCCAGCACUGCGGCAAGAGCUUCACCAAGGAGUCCGGCUACAGGAACCACGUUCAGAUCCACACGGGGGAGAAGCCCUUCACCUGCUCGCAGUGCGGCAAGACUUUCAGCAACUCUGGCGUUCUCAAAACCCACGAGAAGAUCCACUCCGGCGAGCGGCCGUUUGGCUGCACGCAGUGCGGGAAGAGCUUCGGCCGCCUCGGACACCUGAAGGCCCACCAGCAGAUCCACACGGGGGAGCGGCCCUACGCCUGCCCGCACUGCGGCAAGACUUUCAGCCAGUCGGGUCACCUCAAAGCUCACGAGCUGAUCCACAAGAGAGAGCGGGGAGACACGGCCAGCUCCUCCUCCUCUAGCUCCUCCUCCUCCAGCAGCGUGGGCAGCGACAGCAGCUAAAAGAAACUCCUCCUUUAAACCUCUCGGAUAAACAAAGUAUUAUUCCUCUUUUUUAUAAAUCCUAUAUAUAUAAAAGCUCUUUCCUUUUCUUACAUUUUCAUACCUUUUGUGCUCUUUUGCAUCGUAUAUGUUUGCAGGGUGACUCGACUCAUUUGCUCUUAUGCAAGUGUGUGUGUGUGUGUGUGUGUGUGUGUGUGUGUGUGUGUGUGUGUGUGUGUGUGUGUGUGUGUGUGUGUGUGUGUGUGUGUGUGUGUG